UCUCCCUCUACAGCCUCAUUUGCACCUUUAGGGCUACUACCCGCACACACAACGCCUUUAUCUGGGUCGCUCUCACUCUGCCUUCCUCUCUCAUCUUCUUCUUCUCGAUCGUGGUGAUCCAUACACUCAAGCCUCUCUCUCUCUUUCUCGGCUUAUAUUAGCUGCCAUCCCCCCUCCACAGUUCUUCUUCUAUCUUGAGCUGCACCGCUAGUGGAUCGAUCCAUCCAUCCAUCCAUCCAUGGGAGAUCCCUACACGAAUUUCUUGAGAGGCUACAACCUGCGCUAUUCCAACCCAGCUUCUUCCUCCUCCUUUCCCAGCUACGCCUCCUACCUCCACCACCCACCAUCUCCCUCGUCCCCUCCCAUCAGGGAAGCCCUCCCCCUCCUCAGCCUCACGCCCUCCUCCUCAACCCACCAGCACCACCAUCAACACCAUGAUGAAGAAGAUCACAAGGACAAGCUCAUCACCACGGCCGCCUGCAGCAACCAAGCUGCAGAAACUGCUGAUCAGGGAGCCGGGGAGGUCACCGUGGCCCUACACAUAGGCCUUCCCAGCCCCGGCCCCUCCGACGCAGCAGCCGGCCACCAUCAGGAACAAGAUGCAGCAGCAGGCGGAGCUGAGGAGAGAAGCGAGAAGCAGCAGGAGGAAGGAGAAGAGGAAGGGGAAGCGGAGGAGGAGGACGGGAGCACGAUGGCGCUGGGGGUGGGGUGCGCGUCGCUGGGCGUAGGGAGGCUGACCAAGGGGCAGUACUGGAUCCCCACCCCGUCCCAGAUCCUCAUUGGACCCACGCAGUUCUCCUGCCCCGUCUGCUACAAGACCUUCAACAGAUACAACAACAUGCAGAUGCACAUGUGGGGUCACGGGUCGCAGUACCGGAAGGGGCCCGAGUCCCUGCGCGGGACGCAGCCAACGGCGAUGCUCCGGCUGCCGUGCUACUGCUGCGCGUCGGGGUGCCGGAACAACGUCGACCACCCGCGCGCCCGCCCGCUCAAGGACUUCCGCACCCUGCAGACGCACUACAAGCGGAAGCACGGCAUCAAGCCCUUCAUGUGCCGCAAGUGCGGCAAGGCCUUCGCCGUGCGCGGCGACUGGCGCACCCACGAGAAGAACUGCGGCAAGCUCUGGUACUGCGCCUGCGGCUCCGACUUCAAGCACAAGCGCUCCCUCAAGGACCACAUCCGCGCGUUCGGCCGCGGCCACGCCCCCUGCGGCAUCGACUGCUUCGACCUCGACGACGACGACCGCGACCCCUCCUCUGAGGUCGACCACGCGGCCGUCACCACCGCCGCCGGCGCCGGAGCUGGCGUUGUUGGCAGCGACCAUCGCCACUGGAAGAGCAACUGAUUGAUCGAGCUCUAGGGCUACGGUCUACUACUGGGUAAGUAUAUACGCAUGUCAGUUGAGGUGUGGGACGAGCGCUAAGACACCUAGCUAGCUAUUAGUACGUGCUAUCUGUAAUUCUGUAUACUCUACAUGGAGCUGCAAGCAGGCGUACAUAAGGAUCCAUAGUGCCAACGAUGAUGGGGUGUGUUUUAAUUGAGAAAAAAAGAUGAAUUAUACAUAUGCAGCUUCAUUAAUCAAGGGAUAUCGAUCUGUGCAUGUAUGGUUAUGAGAGAGGCGAGUGCAUUUCUAAUUGUUUGGGUAGCCUAGCUAGCUUUCAUUGUAUGUGUUGACUAUAUGGUGAUAUACGGAUUUAUCAAAUGUUAAUUCAAAGGAGUUACUACAUUCAAGCAAA